CCCUCUCUCCACCUCUCUCUCUCUCUCUCUCUGUGUUUCUCUCUGAUGCUGACAGGAGGUGAGGCGCUCUUUCUCCCCCCCUCCCUCGUCGUCAUCUCGGGGAAACCUGGACCAGAGGAAAGUGCAGAGAGACCAACAGACGGCCAAGAGACGCAUCCAGAAACCAAGACUGUGCGCAGUAAACGCUUCGAGAGACGCAGCAACUUCCAGCGGCAGCGUGCUCGGUGCGGUCUGCGCGGAGCUCUGGAGCUGUUGGGACCAGAGAGGUGGCUGUAAGCCUCCAUCCCUUUGCUCUUGGUCAAACAUGGAGUUCCCAGAUGAUUUCCUCCUGGCCGAGCUGGACCACCUGCAGUUUUACAAUGACUCACUCUACCAGGACAACUUCACAGGGGCCUACAAUGAGACUGACGCAUUACUGCCAACAGGGGUGAAAGUCACCAUCGUGGUCGUCUAUAUGAUCGUUUGCGUCAUUGGCAUGGUGGGAAACUUUCUGGUCAUGUAUGUCAUCAUAAGGUACACUAAGAUGAAGACGGCAACGAACAUCUACAUCUUUAACCUGGCUCUGGCUGACUCGUUGUUCCUGGCUACUUUACCUUUCCAGGGCACAGACGUCUUCCUGGGCUUCUGGCCUUUUGGGAACGCUUUGUGCAAGGCGGUGGUGUCUAUCGACUACUACAACAUGUUCACCAGCACCUUCACCCUGACAGUGAUGAGUAUGGACAGGUAUGUGGCCGUCUGCCACCCUGUCAAGGCGCUGGACAUGAGGACGCCUCACAAGGCCAAGGUGGUGAAUAUCUGUGUGUGGGUGCUGGCGUCGGCCUUUGGUGUUCCAGCCAUGGUCAUGGGAAAUGUAGAGGAAGAACAGGAGCAUAACAGUGUUGAGUGUAUCGUGGUUUUACCUGAACCAAGGAGUCACUGGGAUCCUGUAUUUGGCACAUGCGUCUUCCUCUUCUCCUUCCUCAUCCCUGUGGCUAUAAUCAGCAUCUGCUACAGUUUGAUGGUCAAGCGCCUACGCAGUGUUCGCAUCCUGUCUGGCUCCAAGGAGAAGGACCGCAACCUGCGACGUAUCACCAGGAUGGUCCUAGUGGUGGUGGCAGCAUUCGUCGUCUGUUGGACGCCCAUCCAGAUCAUGGUCCUGGCUCAGUCGUUGGGCUUCAACUUGAGUAGCUUGUUCACGCUGGUCCUGAUGCAUUUCUGCAUAGCCCUGGGUUAUGUCAACAGCAGCUUGAAUCCUGUGCUCUACGCAUUCCUGGAUGAAAACUUCAAGCGCUGCUUCCGUGAAUUCUGCCACCCAUCACCCUUCCAUCUUGACACCCAGCAGUCAGGCAGGAUGAGGAGCAUUGCCAGGGAGGUGGCAGCAGCCUACAGUUACAAGACUGGGGAUGGCGGGGGGCAUGGUGGAGGGAAGCCUAACCCCGCAUGACUAGGCGUGGAGCUCCCCUUGGUGGGGGUAGACCCCUCACAGAGGGGUGAAAACCAGGGGACAGGAAACUCUAACACAGAAUUAACUCAAAUUACAGCUCUCUAGCGGCACGAGCCCCCCCGUCCGCCAACCAGAAGACUCGCCUGGGGCGGGGGGGAGGGAGAUGAGGAGGAUGGGAUCGAAAGGAAAAGAAUUUAGGAAUAGUUUCCCUAGGGUGCUAAUAUAUGGAGGAAACUUACUGUUGAAGGAAGGGUUUGGGUAGGAUACAAUAUAGUUCCAGUUAUAAAAUCAGCUAAAGCCACUGUGGACCCGAAAUCUAUUAAAAUCCACUGAAGUGGAGGCUUAUGGAUCAAGUUGUCUUUUGGUAGGUGUUAACACAAAACAGCAUUUCUGAAAUUUCCAGCAGCCCUAAAAAAAAAAAGAGCCUCUUGAACAGACUCUGGAUCUGCUGACUUGGCCUUCUAACCAACUUCAAAAAAAUGCCUGACUCUGCUCAGGUACAGUAUAACAAAGCAGGGGUUAGAGCGAGACAUAUAGAAAUAGACGGGGAUCAUUUGAAGGACCCACUGAUACCAAAUUUCUAAGACCAUCAUCUGUCAUGAAGGCACUUGUAUAAAGACUAAAAACAAAGUUGGAAGUAUGGAUUGUUGCUAUGGGGUGGUAUUGAAUACAGACUACAGAGCUGCCAAGAGUUAAGCUUUCCUGAAGUGGAUGAUCAACAGUGUCACUACCUUGUAUUGUAUAUUUAACAGUCAAUGUUUUGGUCUGAAAAAGUUUCCAUCAACAGUGGUUGGAGGCAGUGGACAAAUACUGUGUGGUCUGUAUUGUGAUGGGCUCUUUAAAAUGGUACUUUGCAGCUGAGCCUCUUUAAUGACUAAAAUAGGUGCACAAAAUAUAAUGUGAUAUUAAAAAAAAAAAAAGGAAAACGAAAAAUGUGCAACAAGCUACUCCUCAAAUAGUAUUUCUUAAACUGUGUCUGCUGACCCAAAACAGGUCAUAUGAAUGUUAUUUUUCAUGGGAGCAACAUUUCUCAAUGGAAUCCUGUACUAAAAACGAUUUUCAUAGAGUUUUUGACUUUGGUUUUGAAAUUUAGAGUUUGGUGUGGGGGGCAGGGUACUGGAUAGAUUGUAACCUGGGGGGAAAAAAAUCAAACAAAAGAACUCAGUUUGUGGGCAAAGCCUGGUAGUUUACCCUGCUCCUCUUCUUGCUGUGACAGUGCCUAUUUCUGGUGGGUCCAAAAUUAGCUGGUAUUUAUCGGUAACUGUACCUGUACCUUAGGCAACAUAAGAUGUCUUAUAAAUCACCAUAAAUGCGUAGUUUGACACGUCAUGAUGUGAUUAUAGGUCAUUCCUUUGGGCUUCUUAGACUAAAAGAUCAUAGACAUUAUGUCAUAACUGAACACAACAUCCUUUGGAGAACCUUUCAAAACAAUAUAUGUUUUAAAACUAACCAAAACAUACACAUUACCCAAAAGGUUUUGGGUAAUGUGUAUGGAUAUGGGUAUGCUUUUCAGCGAUAAAGCUGGCCUGAGCCAACACUAUACUGCAGUUACCUAAAUAAAGGAAAUAAGUGAGACUGACAUGUGGAAAAUAACUCAUACGUCAUUUGUGUAAGCAGACCCACUGUUAUGUUUAAUCAAGCUCGUAAAUGCUCAUCAAUGUGUGUGUGGUUCUAAUUUCAAUGUAGUUCCUGAUUGGCAACCCCGAUCAGGGACUCUACUGACAAGUGGCCAACAACCAACGCUCUGUCUCUGAUUGACCAAUCUAUAAAAUACAUUUUAGUUUCUGAUAUUACAGACACAUGUUAAAACAAGGGUUGUUAGUAAAAUAUCUAGUUCUUAGUGAUACAUACCAUUGUAAAUACAUCAUGAACUUUAGUAGUUUUCUCAGAUGUAUAGCAGUUGAUCAGUUGUUGGGAAUCCAAGGUGACACUGAUUGGGUUUUGGGUCGAGAUCAAGGUUGGAGUUUUGUUAGUAGUGGGUUUGAGAUAUUUUUAGGUGGGAACCUAUACAUUUGGCGGGGUUUGGGUUGGGGUGUUAACAGUGGAGUUAUUUUGACCAAUAGCACCACAGACGCAAAGCAGGAGGAAGGGGUCAAAGCAAUGGUCUGACCCCACUCCAAGGGACAAAGGGGCUCUAUCUCUCUUUUUCUUUCUCUUUCUCUGUCUCUUUCUCUGUGAUGAAGUGGAAAUCAGCCCUGGAACAGAAAUCCCUCAGAGUAUUCUCACUGGCCUGGACAGCUUUGGGAACUAUGGUGACGUCAGUGUUCACAGUGAAGACACCUAUUUGGCACUUUAACUGACAAAAAUAUAACAAAUAUUGAAAAAGUAGAUGAAAUCAUGUCAUGGACCAUAGAUUAUGAUGACAACAUCUGUUCUUGAUUGAUUUAAAUUUGUGUUAUACAGUUUUAAAUUAGGUUUGUACUUAGCUCCAGAUAUAUGUGUAGUAGCUUUUGUAAUGGCUGAUACUGUGAUGACCAAAACUGUGACAGGUACCAAAAAGCCUAAUGUUUGUUUACAUGUUCACUGGCAGACAAAACUGUAUACUAUGAAAAUACUUCAUAAAGUGAGUCCAUAACUCAGUUGUAUGAAGGCAGAUUUCAUUUAAUUUUACAAUUCAUUAGCUAAAUUAUAUUUGUAAAUCCCUUUGAGCUGUUUCUGGGUCUAACUUUAAAACAAAUAUUGUUAAAUUUUAGUUUAGUUUUGAUAUCAUUCAUGUAAUAACACACUGUCACACUUGGGAUAUUCCCAUUGCUCUGUUGGUUUACAGUAGUUUGUGGGAAAACUGUCCAGGCCUGAAGAAAUAUCACGUGGCUUCUGUUUCAUGGUUGGUAUCCCCUUUAUUUCCAGUAGUUUUGUCGCUUGCUGUUACUUUCAUGGUUCACUUGUUGAAGCUCUCUGUACUUGUAAGUUUAUAUUUAUAUCUUUUUUUUCCCCUCCUUCUUUUUCCCCAUUAACAGUUUCAGUUUCAGGAGAGCAAGUUGAUUCCAUAUGUUUAUGGCUUGUUGCUGUAUUGCUUUUGUAUAGUAUAUUUUUGUUUUGAAAAAAAAAAAUGAAUGUUGACCUGCAGCUCCUCUUUGCAGCACAUAGAAAUCAUUUUGUGUUGUCUUCUUUUGUUUGAGAGGAACAAUUCUAUGAAAUGAAAUAACAUUGCCUUAAAUAUCAAGUGAAGUCUGUUACUGAAACUCGCUCUUCGGUGGUAGAAAAAAAUGUUUUUACUUGUGCUUUACUGAGCUGUAUUCAUAAAGCCUCUGAGAAGAGAACUCAUCAGGCCAGAUUAUUUUUUUAACUAGCUUUCUUUUGGUUAAUGUUAUUACUGGUUAACACUUGCUAGCAUGUCAGCUAAAUCUGGUGUAAUUAAAUCUGUUGGCUUUUAAAGAUGUGGAAAAAAAAAAACAAUUACUACAAAAAAAAAAGUAUUUUGCCUGUGAUAAUUGGUUGUUGUAUAGCCUUACAACACUCUGUGGUGUACUCAGAAAAUGAUCGCUUACUUAAUGUUGUGCUUUUGGGAACCCAGCAUUUGUAUGAUUAUCGAAUUUCUCUAAUAACAUUUUUAGCAAUUUUAAAGUGAUCCUCCGUGAGCAGCACACCAUCACACUGUGUGAUUUUCAAAUUUCUCACUGAGAACAACAGUGAAUCUUCUACUAAGAGUCACUAGUUUAGGUUGAGUGGCAGGGGAAUCACUACUCUCAGCUUUAAAUGUAUGACACUAACAAUGUGACUGGAUUCCAUGGCAUUUCUCUAUAUGUUUGUUGGAUUGGUCACAUAAAAACUGAAGUCUACGCCAAACAAGUUUCCCAAAGGAGCCCAGUAUUCAUUUUUUUUAUUAGGGUUAUGCAAAUCACACCAGCUAAAAUGAUGGUGCAACAUUAUUGCACAAACGCUGCAUAGUAGCCUACCUGAUGGCAUCCAUUUCGCUAAACAUCAAUAUGACCAGUUUCUACAGCUGAGUGGUCCAACACUCAUUGGUUUUAAUAUUACAUUUAAUUUCACUGUCUGCCGAUUCAGUUUCUGAAUUAAUGAUAAUGUCAGAUUGGCUGAAAUAUGAAAAGGCUAAAGUCCAGUUUGCAAUGUUUGCAAUGAACCUGCUACUAAGACUCAUUCUCUGGUGAAACUAAUCUAAUCAUUAAAAAAAAAUGCACUCAGAUUCAGUUUCAUAUCUUUCCAUUUUUUUCCUGGAAUAUUCAUGAAAAUCCCCAAAUUAUGAAGGGAGGGGAUAUGAAGAAACAGGGACCUCUAGUUUCCUGAGUGAUGAAGUCUGUCUCUUCUGUUCUGAGAUAGAGUAUGAAUACUGAUCAGAAUAUGGCCAGAACAUCAAUGAAUCAUUGACAUUGGCUUUGAUAUGAUUCAUCUUUAUGAAAACAUUCUACACAUUCUAUAACGCAGCUGUGAGGCUCUUUGUGCUUAAGUGUCACUGUGUUUAACUGUUCUGUGUUUUUGUAGCACAGGACUGUGUAAAGAGGACUCCAAAAAAAGAGCAAAACCCCUCAGUUGAACAAUGCAGAGUUUGUAUAACCAUAUUGUCCAUCAGCUCUGUACAGAUAUCCUGUUUGAAUAUUACACAUGUAAAAGUAUACAGUAUGGUUCUGAUCAUAAUUUACGUCAUGUUUUACCUCUUUCUCUUGUUAUUAUUGAUGUAUAAAAAAGGCACUUUCUUGCCAACUUUAAUGGUACAACUUAUUAUCUCCCUGCAUCCAAGUGAGGGGAGAUUCCUAUCAUUUGUUAACAUUUUACAGACCACAUGAAUGUCAUUUAAAAAUCUGUUGGAAAUCCAAAUUUAGGAAUAAAAAAAGCAUACAGUGUUGAUGUUGUUAUUAUUAUUAGUGUUAUUGCAAUCAAAUGUGAAAAAAGCCAUUUUCUUUCUUUAUUUCCUUUGCUUUGUAUAACUUGUGGACUGCAUUUUGCUUACUGUCUGAGUCAUGACGUGAAACAGUUCUUAAGGCUGGAGAAUUUAACAAUUACAGUACCCAAACUGUUCGACCUAGACUCACGUUUAUUUUCCAAACACAAAUCAAUUCACAAAAUAUCGCAGUGAUCACAAGACCCAAAAGACAAGUUUCAGCUAGGUGCCUAAAAUGUUGUAAAAUAAUUUCUAAUAUGACCUGAUGCUACCCAGACAUCAGACGUGAUAUUGGUUGUAGAUGUGGUAAGGUGACAGAACUGUUUGUAUCACAUGACUCCAGCUGUAGCGACAUAAACUUACUGUACUUGUAGCUGCUCUGCAGAUUGCAGACUGAAGCUACCAUGCUAGCUGGCUUGUUGUCAAAGCAUAGAGACGUUUUUGCUGGAGCUUGACUUUUAAAUUGUAUAUUUUUUGCUGCAUAUUAAAUAAAUAA